AUGGACGACUGUGAGCCCUUCUUGCCGGCGAAGAUCGAAUCGUCAGCAGACGACGACCGCUACCGUUCUCUUACCUGGCUUCUCCCUCGACGCCGCGCAACUGAUCGAAUUCUCAAGUCGUCAAUCGUAUCUCACCUGGCAGUUUUCAUAGCCACCACGCUUCUCUGGGGAGGCAUCUUCCUUCUCACUGCACACUUCUCCCCCGCGGCGUUGCACCCCAACGGCGAGCCAUCUUCCUCGAACAACGUCGUGUUGGAAACCUCCCCAGCCGCCGCCACCGCACCACACACCAACCACGUCGGGAAGCUGCUGUCCAACGAGAUCGAUUACCUGACAUGCGGCGUCACGCGGGACGAGGCCCGCACGCGCGGCUGCAUCUACGACACACUCAGCAACGCGUGGAUCCCCGGCGAAUGCCGCGACGACUUCUCAAUCAUAGAGUACGAGCUGGAUGGGUCGUGGUACCCGUUCGCGGACGUGAACCGGACGCAGCCGCUGCGCAAGGACGAGCUAGGCGACCUGGACUUCUACUACACGUCGCUGCGCGACCACAUCGUGCACUGCGCCGCGCUGUGGCGGCGCCAGUUCCGUGCCUGGUCCGAGGGCUGGCGUUACCUCGACGACGUCCUCGUCGACCCCGUCCACACCAUGCACUGCUCCAAGUACCUGGUCGACUGGACGGACAAGUUUGAGAACGAAUAUCGUACCACGGCCAUCAAGGUGCAGGUCGGCCACGUGGGAUGUCAUGUAUUGGCUUGA